CUGUCUGGUGCAAUGAAAAUAUCCUCCUCCGUUAGUGGGUGGAUAUAUGGGCCCACUUCCACAAUUUCUGCUCCAAAACUGACUGCGUGAGUACUUUAUUUUCCCAUUAUUUGAGGAAGAACUGCAAGCUGCACAUGUGAAUAUUUUCCUUGCUCCACACUUGAAAGGUGGAUUUGAGCUGCUGAAGAGGGAAUGGACCAGAACCAGCGAUUGUCUCUCAGGAGUGGACAGCUGGCUGCCUCACUGUGUCCUGUAGGACCUCCUCUGUCUCACAUGAAUCUUCCACUGCACACCCUUUGAUUUCAUGAAGACCCCUAACAUUGGUGAUGUAAUGAAUAAAUUUGAAGUCCUUGGAAUUGUGGGUGAAGGUGCCUAUGGUGUUGUUUUGAAGUGCCGACACAAGGACACCAAUGAAAUUGUUGCUAUUAAAAAGUUCAAAGACAGUGAAGAAAAUGAGGAGGUCAAAGAAACCACGCUGCGUGAACUUAAGAUGCUGCGGACUCUCAAGCAGGAGAACAUUGUGGAGCUCAAAGAGGCUUUUCGCCGAAGAGGAAAACUCUACCUGGUGUUUGAAUAUGUGGAGAAGAACAUGCUUGAACUGCUGGAGGAGUUGCCCAAUGGAGUGCCCACAGACAAAGCACGCAGCUACAUCUUCCAGUUAAUCAAAGCUAUUCACUGGUGCCAUAAGCAUGACAUCGUUCAUCGAGAUAUCAAGCCGGAAAACCUUCUCAUCAGCUCCGAGGAUGUACUCAAGUUGUGUGACUUUGGAUUUGCACGUAAUCUCUCUGAGGGGACCGACGCCAAUUACACAGAGUAUGUGGCCACAAGAUGGUACCGCUCUCCGGAACUGCUUCUGGGGGCUCCAUAUGGUAAAGCGGUGGACAUGUGGUCAGUGGGGUGUAUUCUAGGGGAGCUGAGCGAUGGGCAGCCUCUGUUUCCAGGAGAGAGUGAGAUCGACCAGCUCUUCACCAUCCAGAAAGUCCUUGGCCCUUUGCCUCCAGAGCAGAUGAAACUCUUCUACAACAACCCUCGCUUCCACGGGCUGCGGUUCCCAACAGUAAACCACCCUCAGACACUGGAGCGCAGAUACUUGGGCAUCAUUGGUGGAGCUCUACUGGACCUCCUUAAGAACCUUCUUCUGCUGAACCCCACUGAGCGAUUUCUAACGGAGCAGAGUCUGAACCACCACGCCUUCCAGAGCCUACGGCACGUGGAGCGUCCCGGGCCGCCAACCCCCACCCCAGCCCGCUCAUCCAAGAGGAAACCCCACCAUGGAGACAACACCACCCCCAGCAGGAGCCAUGGAGGAAAGAGCUCAGGAAGUCAUCGCUCCAGCAGCAGAGAGUGCUCCAGUCUGCCGCGUCAGGAAGACCUCCAACCAAACAAUGACUGCUUCCUUAACGGAAACAUGUCUGCAGCCCUUAACCUCAGCCCCACUCUGCACCCCAAAAACUACCAGCCGUCCCUCUUCAACCACUCCACGUCCUGCAACAUGGACCUGGCCAGCAGUAACUUGCCACAUCUGCUCACCUCCAGCGAAGGCCAAAGUACAGCCGACUUUGACAUCAGCCUGGGCUCCGAUGGAUACCUCAAAUCCAACUUCCGCUCUCAGACCCGUCAUUCAUUUGUGGAGGGGAAGACCAAUACACUUCAGUCAGGGGAAAAGCACAGCCGACACUAUAUGGACACACACGGCUCUAUUCCUGCCUCUAAUAAGUUUGCAUAUCUGAACUUAUCCAAAAGUUACGGCAACCUCAGUGAUGCUAAAUCAGUGGGUAAUCUGAACGAUGUGCACCUAUAUGCAGAUGAGCCCACCUCUCGAUACUUUCCCUCCAGUUGCCUUGACCUGAGCGCGGCCCCGGGCAGCCCUGCAUCCCGCAGAGUGGACCGUCUGGGGCCCAUCAGUCGAGGCAGUAUGCGUGAUAGAGAGAGUAACACGCUGGACUCCUCGUACAGGCGCUCAUCCACGCGUCACAAAGGCUCGGAAGACUCAGAAGAACCAGGGGAGGACAGAGGCCAUGGGCACUCCCUCUCCGCCCCACACGACCCUCUGUACGGGCAAGGUUACACCAGCCCCUUCUCUUCUCAGCAACGCCCCCACAGGCAUUCCAUGUACGUGCGGCGGGACCACCAGAGGACCCACGAGGAGGGCCUCUCUGUGGGACAGGGGAUCCCCACCAGAGCCAGUAGCCUCCAGCUCCUGUCCCCACAGCUGCAGCACCGAACACUGCCUCGGCAUGCCGCCUCAUCCAGAGAAGAGGACAUGAGCAGGAGCGAACAGGCUCCCACUGAGGUCGGCCUGUAUCACGAGCAGCAGGGAGAAGAUGGCAGCUCGAGUAAAGAGAACCGCAACAUAUACAGCGAGUCAAUGCCCCGGAGGGUGGGCAGCUUCUACAGAGUCCCCUCUCCGCGCCCGGACAAUUCGUUCCAUGAUGCCAGGGGACAGAGGGCGGGGGACAGCAGCGGCUUGACAAACCACUCCAAACGUCAGCCAGCCUUCGACCCGUGGACCGGUCCAGACACUGUAGUUUUAAAUCCUGAGCCAUCCAAAGAAAAGGAGAAGCAGGGUUUCUUUAGAGCGAUAAAGAAGAAAAAGAAAAAGUCUCAGUUGAUUGAAGCGCCAGAUCGAAGACCUCCCGUCCUCAGGAAAAGUCUUUUCCCUCUGUUUAGCCCAAAGAAUCACAUAAAGCGUAGUUCGUCUGUGAGAGUUCUCCCUGUAGUGUCCUCUCCCAUGGCGCCCAACGAGGAUAGUGUCCUUCAGAAGUCGUCCAGAUCGGGACAUCAGAGCGGGCGCCACAGAUCCCGAGAUAAGAGCCGCGAGCGUGACCAGGAACGAGAGCGGGACAAGGACUGGCCACCAGAGAAACUGUCCGACUCACACUCUCCGAGUCAACCCCUGAAGUCACUGAGGAAACUCCUCCAUCUGUCCUCUUCAUCGUCCAAUCAAACUGCUCCCUCUGACAUGCGGUACCCAUCAAUGCCCAACCCCGGCUCGUCUCAGGGCGGGUUUGUGGAGAGCAGGGGUCACUCCGGGGUCAGUACGCCCCAGAUGAAGGCUCGCCAGUACCCACACCCCUCCCAGCUGGAACCUGGGUGGCACACUUCUGCUUUAGGACGUCCCGAGGGCAACCCCUAUCCCGAGCAGAUGAGCAUUAAAGCAGGGCAGAACGGGCACGGUUUCGGGCGGCCCUCUCGCUCCCGGAUUCCAAACUUAAAUGACCUAAAGGAGACAGCUCUGUGAUUUAAGAUCUCUGCUCCACUUUCUCUGCCUCCUUUUGUUGCUCCUACUCACUCCUUGCAUAACACCACACCUGCCGCACACACAGCAGUGAUGCCAAACACUUGCUUGCUAAAGGUCUAGUACAGGCCUUGGUAUGUCUUAAUUUUUUAAAGCUUCCAUGUUUGAUAGACUUUAUAUUAUUAUGUAAUUCUGAUUAUAAUUUGUACUAUAAUUAUAAAUAUAUUGCAGAUCAAAUAUAUAUAUGGAUAAGGUAAAGUAUAGAUUUGUGUAAGUAUUUUUGUUUCUAUGGAUAGAUCUCUGGUACAUUUUAUUAUGUAGUCUUUAAUAUAGGAACCUAAGGCAUUUUAACACAGCCACUUUAACAUUGUUUAAGUCAGUAAUGUUGGUAACUGUGUUCAUCUCACCAGGGUUCUAGCUGUUGCCUUUGGUGGUGUAUGAGUGAGAGGAAUCACUGUAGUGCAAUUAAUACUACACUUUUAAGGGCGUGUUCACAUUUGUCCUGGUUUGGUCCUAGUUUAAGCUCAGUUUGAGUUGUAAUGCAGAAGGUCUUGUUCUAGCCCUGGUUCAGUCUUGGUUUAGGUCUGGGGUGAGACCUAGUUCAGUCAAACGUUUUAUGUGGUGAUUGAGCAAGUGUGAACAUACCCUAAAUGCUAAACUAAGAGGUCUAUUUAGGUUAUUUAUGACUAUUAUCAAUGCAGCCAUUUUAGAAACACUGGUGCCAUAACCUGAGAGAAAAUCUAAGCUACAGCGCCCUCUGUAAGACAUUAACAGGCAUUACACAUUAGAGCUAAUAAUGUACAGUAUUAUUUUCUAUACAGUUGUUAAAUUUAAAUUACAGUGGAGCUGACUGUCCUUAAGAUACUUUUGGUACAAUUUAAAUCAUGCAAUUCAGACAUGAACAUCAAUUCUAUGUGAGAGAGUAUAAAGAUAAUACAAAGAAAAAUAUCUAUUAUGUUGCACUGCUUUAAGUAAUUAUUUGUCAUAAUUGAAGGUUUGGUUGGUGCUGUAUCCAAACGAAAUGUUAUGAUACAUUUACAAAUAUAUUUAUUUUAACUGCUGUAAAGAUGUUAUUUAUUUCAUGUCUUUAAUAUUGUGGUCUUUAUGAGGUCAUUUUUACAGCAGUUAGAAGAAGACAAAGCCAUUCUGGAUGUAUCACUUCAUUUCAACCAGUCAGGCAGACAUUUGGGAUACUUUGUGUGAAGAAUAUCACAUUGAGUGCCAUGAAUGAACAUUUUGCGUGGAUCCUCUGUAGUUUUAUUGUUGCACUUUGAGAAGCCUGUGUGGCAGCAAUAUCAAUAUGACUUUGUACAUUUUUUCCUGAUCAUGGCAAUGACUGGGAAACAAGUUUAUGGAUUUAUGACGGGACAGUUACUAUGAACUUGGACUCACAUUACGAGUCUCUAUGGAUCCUGUUUUUUUUGUGGAAGGAGCACUGUGUAUUAUAUUAAUACUGCUGUGACUACUGUUAUUGGUAAUGUUUAUAACAGAAAAUGUUUAAUUGAAUCAAGUAUGAAGUUUGUGCUUUAUUACAGACACAAAUUAGUAGCAUAGUCAGUGUUUCUGCUUAUUUUUCUUUGGGACAAAGCAUUUUCAUCAAAACACAAUAAAAUGCUCAUGAGUUUUAGAACAUUUAUGUUUACAUGUAACAGUGAACC